AUGUCGCACGCCAUGCGCCCAGGCGAGACCAUCGAGGAGAUCGACUUGAGCAACGAUCCCGAGCCUAUACUUUCUCGAAUCCAGAACCCUCACUUCGACGUUCAGCUGUAUGUCCUAAACCACCGACAAAGCCUCAAAAACAAAUCCACAGUCUGGCACCGAGACGCAGAUGGCUCUUUCCACGCUGUGGAAUGGACAAGCCGAUUCAUGUACCGUCGAGAUCGUAAACCUUACCUGGACAGAGAUGGCCAAGUCGAUCAAGAGUGGGCGAAUGAGAAGUGGUCACAGUGGUGUCAGCGUGACUUUCACCCAGCUGUCGAGGCCUAUACCGAGUACAACGAGCCAGCCCCCGAGAUGAUCGUACUCGGCAACGUGAAUGGCCAUUUACACAGUGCAGAUGACGCUCUGGAAAGAGCAUGGGAAAGGUUGUCUCACGCAAAAAUGACCCUUGAGCUUUCGAUCCAUACUUCAGGUCUGCACAGCUCCGGCCAUCUUUUGGCCCAGACAAGGGAUGUUAUGAAAGACAUCUUGGACGAUAUGGACAUUCAACUGCGCACCAUCAACGAAUCUCAUCGUGAAUCUACAAAUCAGUUGAACUCUCUAGAGCUUGCGAUCAAAGCACUUGUCAGAUCGAAGAACAUCGCCGAAAAGUCUAGAAAAAGAAGGGAAGAAGAAGAUGAGAAGAUGGUUGAUACGGUUAAGUUCCUCAAAAAGUGCCUGGACAACCAUUGCAGACUCGUCAACAUAGUUCUCGGCAAGCCAGAGCCAUUGGUACAGCAGGGUACCGAUCUUGUUCAAGCCAUGUUGUCCGAGAUGUUCGGCUUGCCCUUGCCAGCUAUCCAAGAAGCCGCAGGAGAGCCACAAAUUGAAGGAGAAAAGCAGCUGGAGUCAGAAUCUGAAGUCGAAGUCAUCUGGGAGAAGUUCGAGUCUCAAGAUCUCAUGGACAUUGAAGCAAACGAAUGCUCUGGAACAGAGUCGGACGAAUACAUCGACGAUACCAGCAGCGAAGAGACAGAGUCAAUCCUGGACACAUCGACAGACUACAAGAAAACGCUGAGACGUGAAAAGCGCGAAAGGGCGAGAGACGAACUGUACAACAAAUCCGGCCUGUCUAUCGUUCACGACGACGCAGAAGACCUGGAUUCUUCAGAAGGAGAAGAGCGCGCAAGAACCAAGCGCCAGAAGAGAAUUUUCGACAGACCCAGCGAGCCACCCAACGGUAAGCUUCCCAUACGCCGCGAGAUUCCUGUCAUGAGACAGACUACACUCUCCUUCGACAAGGUUCGCAAAAGCAGAAGACUGUUCUCUCGCAAGGAGUUGAGCCAGAAUGUGACAACUGGAGACCAAGAGGAAGCAGAAGUCACCUCUCCAGGUCCUGUCAGAAGAAACCCAAGAAGAGCUACUGUCAAAGCGCACAUUACCGCGACGAUUUUCAGUCUCGGUUCAACCGAAUGCUCAGAUCAGGAGUAUGAGAGUAACGCUUGCUUGCCAGACAUUGGCUGA